AUGUCUCGUCUUGCAAUCAUUCUUCUUUUGUCUCUAGCAGUCUUUGAGAUUUCUGCAAAGCUUCAAAAUGUGACCGUCAAGGGAAUCGCCGUUUGUAAUAAGAGAAGAGUUGCAAAUGCUCAUAUUGUUCUCAUUGAUAAGGAUACUUUGGACCCAAAUGACGAAUUGGCUCAAAUCCAUACCAACAAGGAAGGAGAAUUCGAGUUGUUCGGAGAGGAAGACGAGAUUGGAAAAAUCGAACCAUACAUCCGUAUUCAUCAUAAUUGCAAUACUCAACCAGGAUGUGAACGUGUUUCCGAAUAUCAAAUUCCACAAGAAAAGAUCGGAGAAGUGUACGAUAUGACCUAUGUGACUCUCGAUAUUAUUGUCCACGGCGAGAAGACGAAGUGCAAUUAA